AUGGCAAAACAAAUCUCAAAGAAGAAGAAGCGUAGGGUGAUUCUUUCCUCGGAAUUUACUGCAGAUGAGGGUGAAACUAUUCCUGAAACACCUGAGGCAGAUUUGAUUAAAGAUUCUUCUCAACUGGAUACUUCUGUUAGUACACCACCUGAAGUUUCGAUUGCUAAAACAGUUACUGUGGAGGCACGAACUUCAGACAUCCCUGUAAACAUAUCUGAUAUGGAUACAAAUGUCAUCAUGGGUGAAGACGAUUCAAAUAAAGCAACAAAAGGUAACCCUUCGAGUGUUGUUUCAGAUUCUUUCAUUUCUUUACCUCCACAGAUUACUCCCAUUGUUCCUUUAACAUCCACCAUUGUUUUUUAA